UUGUGUCUGCCUCGUCUGCGUCAAGCGCGCUGUCCGGCCUACGAUGUAACAGUGGCGACGAGAAACGGAAAGCAAAACCCCUGGCAAAACCUUGAAGCAGGACAGCAGCUACGCUACGGGGCGACGACUCGACGAUGGCACACCAGCAACUGCCCGACUUCGACGACGAAAGAGACAACUGGAAGGCCUAUGUUAUCAAGGCAGAGGCAUACUUUGAGGCAACGGGCGUGACGGAAUCGGCAAAGAAACGGGCACUUUUGGUGGCAGCUUUAAGCACGCGAACCGUUCAAAUAUUAGCAGGAAGAGUAGCGCCGAAGAAGCCGAAUUCUUUGGAGUACGAAGACGUCGUGAAAGUCUUGGACGAGUUCUUUGAUCCCAAGCGCCAUGAGAUUACCGAAAGCUUCCGCUUCUUCAACCGCUGCCAGCUUGACGGUGAGUCUGUCCAAGAAUUCAUUACUGAAAUUCGUCGAAUUGCGGACAACUGCAAUUUUGGUACUAUGCUCGACCGAAUGCUACGAGAUAGAAUUGUGUGCGGCAUAAGAUCGAGCGCACUGCAGAAACAACUCCUGACAAAGAAAGAUCUGUCCGUAGAGGACGCUGAAACGAUGGCACUGUCGGCUGAAGCUGCAGACAAGGAUGCCAAUAAAAUGGCCGCAGACGCGUCGGCGGUGCUUAAAAUUAAGGCGCAGUCAACCUCAACGAAAGAGGUACCGGUAGAAUGUGGGCGUUGUGGCAGCAUAAAGCACAACAGUAAUGCCUGCCGUUGGAGUAAUGCUCGUUGUUAUCACUGUGGUCGACGUGGUCACCUAGCAGUAAAAUGCCGGAACGAAGAAAGCGCAAGGCCUCGAACUCGAGAAGGAGCCCGGGGAUUUCGCGGCAGAGUACUGACUGUUAAGGAAGGGGAGACAGAUGAAGACAUAGAGGAUAGCAUGCACAUUUGGACGCUAAAAUCUACGCGGGAGGUAAAGGUGAAGCCCCCAAUUCGACGGACCUUCACAUGGGGAGGUGUGGACGUAUCAAUGCUUAUCGAUACGGGUUCCCCGGUCUGCGUCGUGUCUCGACAGCUAUUUGAGCAGCACAAAAACGCUUGGCCUUCGCUACGGCCUUCACGCACGAAGUUAUCAUGCUACCUCGGAAAGUUGCCAGUUUUUGGAGAGCUCCUGUUGCCAGUGUCGUACGACAAUACAACUGUAGAAUGCGCAUUGGUGGUGCUAGAUUGCCCCGGUCCAAGCUUAUGUGGUCGAGACCUAAUUUCCCUUCUGAGCGACGCAGGCUCCCCGGUCCUCAGCCUCUCAGCCAAGCCGCUGACCGCACAGCCGUCUACCACAACGCAGGUCACUGCUGACGUGUUCGCCGAGUUUCCAGAUGUUUUCAGCUCGGAUCUAGGCCUCAUCAAAGGACCCCCGGCACACCUACAGCUGAAGGAGGGAGCCACGCCCAAGUUCUGCCGAGAAUUCAUCCUGGUCACAGAUCACCAGCCGCUCCUGGGCCUGCUGAGACCGGAUCGGCCCACUCCGCCUCUGGCUGCUGCUCGCAUACAGCGCUGGGCGCUG